AUGGCUUCUGAGAGGGAUGCUCUUGUGCACGGCCUCUAUACACUCAUCAGCAACCUGGAGGAACAAGGCCUGUUGAACAGCAAUUUUGCGAGUGGUUAUCAAAUAAAACCGCAUGGCUUCAAGUUUUUCCCGGACUUGGUCCUGCUGUUCUGCAACAACAUCGAAGUAGCGCUGAGAGAGCUGGUUCUUGCAUUGGAACUCCCGGCUGUUGACUAUGACUAUACGUUCAAGCGCUAUCUAAGGAUGAAAGAAAGUACAACAAGAAUUGGUGCUUGUGCACUGGGGCUUGCCGUUGACGAUUUGCUGGAUGCCCUUGAGACUCCCUCAAGGGAAGGGUAA